AUGAAGUGCACAGAUGAUGGGAUCAGAAGGGUCAAAGAAAAUUCGAAAGAGGAACUCGUGUUGCGUGUGACGAAUAUAGAUUCAAAGCCUGGUGCUCUGACCAAGAAGUUCUCUGUCACGGAUGACAGAGAAAUACUCGAGAGCAUUUUAAACACCAAAAUAUUCUGUAGGUCAUUGAUUGUUUCGGAUGCAUGCUUCCUGGAUGGUGGAGUAUGGAAGCGCACACACUCAAACCCUAUCCUUCAAGAUAUGAAAGUGGGAGAGAGCUCAAAAAAGGCCGUCAUAAAAGAGGUGUUCAUCAAAGAAAUCAGUGACCGUUCUUACAGGUGGUCCUUCCGUGCAAGAGUCACACACAAGAACAAGUUGAUACAUUUCAACACGAAAAGAUCUGGAUGCAUAAUGUCAUUUGACGUUGUCGAUGUCCAGGGAACAGAGAUUAGAAUUAUUGGCUCCGAUGAUUGUGCCUUGGUUUUGUCAGAUAAGAUUGUACAGGGUACAGUGUAUUCAUUUUCUGGUAGUGGUGGAAUACGACGUUCCAAUCAGGCAUACACACCAUUUGAAGUGACAUGGGAGAUUCAGGCUAACAAAGGUAUGGUGUUUACAGCUUUGGAUGAGGAUGCAACGUUCCCAAGAAUUGUCUUGGCAAAAACAAGCAUAUUAAGUGCGUGUCAGAAGGAAAGGGACUCUUUUGUCGAUGUGGUUGGUAUCGUAAUAUGGAUUGGUACAAUUACAGUAACAUCUCGUGACAGUGGAACUUUUGUGAAGAAGAGAACAUUGUGUCUAGGUGAUGAUUCAGGCCACAGUGUUGAUCUAUGUCUCUGGGAUUUAAAAGCAGAAGAAGAGGGCUCAUAUAUACAGGAGCGGAUAGACAGUGGAGUUCAGCCAAUAAUAUGUGUCAAGGGUGGAAAAGUAUCAGACUACAAUGGUAAAUCACUUUCAGCAAUUGGUGUGAGCACCAUUCUUAUUGAACCGGAAAUGGAAGCAGUGGCUGAUUUGAGAGAAUGGAUGACAUUGUACUACAAUGUCACUAACUUCAUACAUUUGAGCACUUCAUCAUCCAGACAGACUGUUAGCUGCACCACUACUUUAUCAGAGAUAUCAAACAUGCAGUUAAAGGUGUUAGAGAGUUCCCCUAUCUAUAGAGUGAUAGCUACUGUGAAGGAAAUGAAGACAGAUGAGUUUUACUAUAAUGCAUGCAUCAAUGUCGUGAAUGCACGGCAAUGUGGCAAAAAAACUACCCGAACAGCAGAUGGUUGGUUCUGCAAUUAUUGCAAUUUUGAGUCUGGAGUUCAA